AUGUAUACAAGAAGAAAAUAUCUUGUACGACGACGUGACCCAAUUUUAACAGGUCAUGAUAGUGAAAUAACAUGUUUAUGGAUAUCAGCUGAACUUGGAAUUGUUGUAAGUGGUAGUGAACAUAGUCUUAUACUUCAACAUACACUUACUGGAGAUAUAUUACGAGCUUUUGAAAAUCCAUGUCAUAUGUCUACACCACGUUUAUUAGCACCAUCAAAUGAUGGUGAUAUUAUUGUUUGUUACAGUCGAUCCAAUUUAUAUUUAUAUACAUUAAAUGGAAAAUUAAUGAGACAAGCAAUUUUUGAAGAUGAAACUAUUCAAAAUAUGGUACUAAAUUCCGAUAGUCAAUAUACGGUUAUUGGAGAUAGUUUUCAGACUCUAUUAUAUAUUCAAUGUUUUAGCUUUCUUGAAAUUCUUUUAUUUACAUAUAGCAUAGCUAGUCUUUCUACAGGUUGUUUAAUUGUAUUUGAUGUUAAUUUUAAUGCUAUUAAUCAAUCUCGACGUGAUCCAGCAACUAUUGUUGCUAAUUCUAUUUAA